AUGAUCUCGAAACAAUUUUUUUUUGUACAGACUUACUCAAAACUUUUAAUAAAAAGUGUCGCAAACGUAAAAAAGUCAUCAAUCCGGUCACAAACGUUGCACGCUGCAGCCGCUGCUACAAAAACUUUUGAAGGUGAACCACAAUUGAAAUGGCAUCUGAUGAGUUCUGUGGCCGUCAUUAGGUCGCCUGUUGUCACUGCCGAAAUGAACGAUCUGGAAAAAGACUUUUCAGCCAUGCUUAGGAUGAUUGAAAAAGAAAAAAGUCUGUUAUCUGAUUUUGACAUUAGGAAGAUAGAGGAAAAAGCAUUAGUUGAAAAAAGAAAAGAUGAAGAUUAUAUAGAAACAGAAGCUGAGGCUGUCAUGCAGACUGCUGUGGAACUUGAAGAUAUUUGGGAAGAUGAAGUGAAUGCGUUCAAACCUGCCAGCAGAAUAACAAAUGAUGAUAGAAGUGGCAACACUAGCUCUAUUGAUAGGAAACUUGACAGGAAAUUGUAUUUACUAACCAACCAGAGUUUGGGCAAAUCAAAGCAUUGGGUUAUGCCCAUGGGAGUGAGGAAGGAUAAUGAAUCUUUGAGACAAACAGCUGAACGAAUAUUGCAACAGUUUUGUGGGUCUGAACUGAAUGUGCACUUCUUAGGAAAUGCUCCGUGUGGCUUCAUGAAGUACAAAUACCCACCUAACACCUACAAGAACUUCAUUGGUGCUAAGGUCUUCUUUUUCAAGGCGCAUUAUAAAUCUGGUGAACUGAAUUUGGCCAAGGAUGUUGCAGGUUUCAAAUGGUUAACCUCUGAGGAAGUCAAACAGUUUGUCACUCCAUCUUAUUACAGAACAUUGCACAAUGCUCAAAAACGUAUCUAA